CAACCAACUGACCAACCCAACUGACCAACCAACCAACCAACCAACCAACCCUGUCACAAGAAGCUGACAUGAAAAAUAACUCCUAUGAAAGUUAUCUGACCAAAUCCAAAGCAGACUUGUUUAAUGACUGAGCAAGUAGGGAAAUGCAAGAGUCUGGGGAUUUUUUCAAGCCCAAAUAAAAUACAAAGGUCAGGAAAAGGAUAAAACAAAAUGGGCCAAGAUGUUUAUUUUUCGAGAUGCUUGAUUUCAAGUUGCAAGAUUCACAACAGCAUUUGGGUUUGGGAAAGAAAUUCAGCAUGUUUCACUAAAAAACUAAUCAAGUUGCAAGAUUCACAAUAGCAUUUGGGUUUGGGGAAAGAAAAACAGCAUUUUUCACUAAAAAAACUAAUCAGGGAAUGGUUAACAAACACUCGCAAGAGGACGGUGUGUGAGUAACAUAUACUGAAAUAAAACUACAGGGGGAAUAAAUUACAGACAAAAAUACAGCGCAAAUAAAGAGCAAGGGUAUCUUAAGCAAAGUGUAAUUCUAAAUUGAGUAAAGGGCAAAAGAUGAGAUGUAGUUUCACAGGAAAUCUGAAAUAGCUCCAGUUAAGCCUAACUUAGGAUGCAGAAGCUGGUAUAUUUGAAAUACAUCUAUGUAUUCCUGUAUAUUUGAGGCAUCUUGAGAGGCUGUAAGCACCAUUAUGCAGUAGCUUGUGUAAAUAUCCUGAGUGAACCAAUGAUGAGGAGGGGGAAUAUAAAAUGCAGAGCAUAGAUUUGGCUAAAAAUCAAUAUUUUGGAGGGGGUUUAAUAUAACUUUGAAGAAAAUGCAAGAAAAACAGAGAAUAGAUGAGGAUAUGUGAUUCUUCCAAGGGUAUAUUACAUGCCCUCUACAAAUAAUUUCACAACCCAAGAGGGAGAAAGAAGGAAAUUCAAGUCAGCAUGCUUAAUACAUUUAUACUAACAAAAUUUUAUUGACUUAUUUUUGACAUUUUAGAUGCCGUGUAAAAUAAAUCCCUUCAUAGUGCCGAUAUAAACAAAUAUUUUCCCUUUGCCCUCGGUCAGCUGCUCAAGUACUUUCCCUUUGCCCUGGGGACUUUCUGCUCAAACUCUUUGUUCUUUUGAAGAGCCACUCCUCUGGAAUUAGGCUCCCUGGUUGGCCACUGUAUGCCAUUCUCCCGAUAGGACAGCAGGUGGAUCUGGGCAGCAGCCAAAGGGGACAACCUGUGACCCAGGGACAGCAGGGCCUGUCACACAGCACUGACACACAAAACUUCAGCACUGGAGGAGAAUUUCACCUCUGGCACGUCAAAAAUGAAAAUUGACAUCCAUAGCCACAUUCUACCUAAGGAAUGGCCCGACCUGAAAAAGAGAUAUGGAUAUGGUGGAUGGGUACAGCUGGAUCAUCACUGCAAGGGACAGGCAAAGAUGAUGAAGGAUGGAAAGGUUUUUAGAGUUAUCCAAGAGAACUGCUGGGAUCCAGAAGCACGGAUUAAAGAGAUGGACCAGUCAGGAGUCACCGUCCAAGUCCUGUCCACAGUCCCUGUAAUGUUCAGCUACUGGGCCAAACCUCAGGAUGCUUUAGACCUUGCCCAGCUGUUAAACAAUGACUUAGCUGCCACAGUAAAGAAGCACCCCAAGAGGUUUGUUGGGCUGGGCACGUUACCCCUGCAAGCUCCAGAGCUGGCUGUGAGGGAAAUGCAGCGCUGUGUGAAUGAACUGGGCUUUCCUGGAGUGCAGAUUGGAUCUCAUGUCAAUGAGUGGGACCUGAAUGCCCCAGAGCUCCACGAUGUUUAUGCUGCUGCUGAGAAAUUAAAUUGCUGCCUCUUUGUGCAUCCCUGGGACAUGCAGAUAGAUGGGAGGAUGUCCAAAUAUUGGUUUCCCUGGCUAAUAGGCAUGCCAACGGAAACAACCAUGGCCAUAUGCUCCAUGAUUAUGGGAGGAAUUUUUGAAAAAUUCCCUAAGCUGAAAGUUUGCUUUGCACACGGAGGUGGAGCUUUUCCAUACACAGUGGGUCGAAUCUCGCAUGGCUUCAACGUGCGCCCCGAUUUGUGUGCCAUGGAUAACAAGGUGGAUCCCAGAAAAUACCUCGGCUCAUUUUACACAGACUCUCUUGUCCACGACCAUGGGGCUCUAAGGCUGCUAACAAGUGUAGUAGGAGAGGACAAGGUUAUUUUGGGGACAGAUUACCCUUUUCCACUUGGGGAACUGGAACCUGGAAAAUUGAUUGAUUCAAUGGAUGAUUUUGACUAUAAACUGAAGGAUAAACUCAAGGCUGGAAAUGCUCUGGAAUUUUUGGGUCUUAGCAGAAAACAAUUUGAAUAAUUAUGAAGUACUAAAGCAGCUAAACUUCAGAAAAAAUGUCCUUGUAUUUCUGUUGGCAUGUGCAGUUGUGCAGAUGAAAAAUAAAACUGACAAUUAUCUGACAGUCUCCUGUUAUUUCCAAAGCAAAAGCAAGGGUACUGGAAAGGAGUAUGCACAGGUAUUGCCUGAGGAUUUAGGCUGUUUUUAAACAAUUCUGAAAUCCCUGCUUUCAUAAUAAAGGAGAGAUUUCAUCUUUUGCAGCUAUAAGAAUUUCUGAAUUAUAAUCAAUGGCAUGUAAUUAGGACUUGAUUCCCAGGAAGGAAAGAGAUGAGAAAAUUAUGUCUUUGUUAUGGCAGCCAAACAGAAUCUGAAAGAAUAUUAAAACAGAAUUUAAACAAUG